AGGAGCAGCGGAGGCCUGUCCGUAUGCAGGCAUGAGCCGAGCCAGCAGCAGUUUUUGUUUUGUACUGUGAGCGCAACGUUUUUAUGGACGCAAAACAGAAUCAUGGAGCCUCCCUGUCAGGUCUCAUUCCAAAAGAAGAAGAAGGAAAUGCAAAAUAAAGAGGCUGAUGCCACAGUCUACAUGAAUUUCAUGAAAAAUCACUGCUGCUAUGAUGCCAUUCCAACCAGCUGCAAACUGGUCAUAUUUGAUACCACACUACAAGUCAAAAAGGCCUUUUUUGCACUGGUGGCCAAUGGCCUGAGGGCUGCACCUCUUUGGGACAACAAGUUACAGAGAUUUGUGGGUAUGCUGACAAUUACAGAUUUCAUCAAUAUCUUACAUCGCUAUUAUAAGUCACCCAUGGUUCAAAUCUAUGAGCUGGAGAGCCACAAGAUUGAGACAUGGAGAGGUGAUUCAUUUCAAAAUGUUUUUCUGCAGUAUACCAAUCACUUCCUCAUUAGCAUUUCUCCUGAGGCCAGCCUCUUUGAUGCCAUCUAUUCCCUGCUCAAGUACAAGAUCCACAGGUUGCCGGUGAUUGACCCCGAGUCUGGGAACGUCUUGCACAUUCUGACCCACAAGAGAAUCCUGAAGUUCCUCCAUAUUUUUGGAGGGAAAGUUCCCAAACCUCAGUUCAUUCAGAGGCCGAUUCAAGAGCUGGGCAUAGGAACCUUCAGCAACAUCGCCACGGUUCGUGAAACAGCUACCGUCUAUGACGCCCUCUCCAUUUUUGUAGAAAGGAGGGUGUCUGCGCUGCCAGUGGUGGACGAGCAAGGCAAAGUGGUGGCACUCUACUCAAGAUUUGAUGUGAUUAACCUCGCAGCCCAGAAGACGUACAACAACCUGGACAUGACUAUGCAGGAGGCCGUUCAGAGACGCACGUGUUUUGUCGAGGGUGUGAUUAAGUGCUAUCCCGACGAAACCCUGGAAACCAUCAUCGACCGGAUAGUCAAAGCUGAGGUCCAUCGGCUGGUCCUGGUGGACAGAGCUGACCUGGUGAAAGGCAUCAUCUCUCUGUCCGACCUGCUGCAGGCCUUGGUCUUAUCCCCAGCAGGUAUUGACGCCCUUUUGUCCUAGCACCAUGGGUGCUGCGGGUGCCCCUUCCUCCCCUUACCGCCUGUAGGCCUGAGCUCUAGCCCUGAACCCAGGCAGAAAUGACGAUUGAAUGACAGAAACGAAGAGGAAACUGGAGGAAAAAUGCCCUUGUGUUGGUGUUUACCUUGAUCAUAAGACAGGCGUUGUGGUCAUAAAAGGGAGUUUUGUGUAUUUGGGGGAUAGUGGAGUAAAAUUAAUGGACACAGUGAGCUUACUUCAGGUAACCUACACACUGUGGGUCUGCUUAGUCUUAUUUAUAUUGUAAUGAGUAUAAAGUCCCCAGCAUAGUGUCCAUAAAAGCUGCAUUUGAUCAA